ACAGUGCAAUAUUGCUCUGUACCACAUUGUAUCGCAAAACGAAGACUCUUAACUCAAACGAAUACCUUUCGACUUUUCAAUUCAAGAAUAUCGCUACCCAUAAAGCUUUCUGACCAACGUGAUACCUCAUACACUACACAUAUUGUAAGGUUAAUAUAGCUUCAACCCCUGCUAGAGGAGCAUGGAUUGUCUAUAACAAUCGAGCUCGCAUCGCAUCUGAAGGGCAUCAUAUCUACUUGAUGGCGCGAGGAAGAAGGUGCAAUGUCAAAACCCAAUCAUACCAAUCCAGAAUGGCCCCCCAGGUCUCCUCAUGACGCCCUCCUCAGCACUCCUGGUGGGCGUGCUAGACUUCGACGCCUUGCAGAACGCACAUCUCCUUCUCCAUCACCCAUAAAACGCUCGACAUCUACUCCAUCUCUUGGAAAGAGGGCGCAGCAUCUCCUCAAGGAUGACAUGGAAGACGAUGACGAUGAGGAUGACGAGGAAACUCUCGAAUUGCAACUCCAGGAGAUACAAGCGCGAUUGAAGCUUAAGAAGCUGCAGAAGAAGGCGAAGCAAACCUCUGAUUCGGAAGGCGAAAAGACCAGGACGGGAUUGUUGUCCAGGUCCAAUUCAGUGGCUGCAAGUCGAGCACAAUCGAGGAUAGCAGAGAUACGAGAAGAAAGGGCGGAAAGGUCGAGGUCGCAGAAUGAAGUCCAUGUUCCCGUAUCUCCUGUACGAAGGGCGCAACCACCAACAGUCCAGCGAUCGCCAGGAAGGGUGUUGUUAGGGAUCGACAAAGGCUUGAGAGGGGCGGACAUAUCUUUGAAGAGGGCACCGAGUUUGAAGAAGAAAGAAGAGGCGUUCGGUGGCAGACUUCACGGACCAUAUCUCCAACGGCCGACAUCGCAAUUCUCCAGUCAUGCCCAUGGAGUUACCUCGUCACAAGAAUUGCCUGCUCAAGAACGGCCGAAGACUUUCAGUGAACGUAUGGCUGCAGUCAGGUCAGAAGAGACCGAGAGGAAAGAGAGAGAACAACGCAUCAAGAAAAACCGAAGUAUGGCCUUCGACAUUGACCAUGAAGAAAUGGAACAAUUCAAAGCGAAUCCUGUCGUUCUACCACAAGGGCCUCGCAGAGGACCUGAGUUCAGCAGAGACGAAGUACUGAACUCUUACACGCAACCCAGCGGUUUAGCACGCAAUAAAACGGAUCCAAACUUACGAUCAGCUGCUAGGACGCCAAGUUCGUUGUCCGGUGCAGCCACUGAGAGGGCUGAAUCCCGAGCUUCAAUUCACGUUCCACCUAGGACUUCGUCUACAAAGAGCAAGACCCCUCCAAACGAGGUCCCUGAGGCAGAGGCAAGUCAAUUUGAGCCCUACUCAGCAACACAUCUUUCAAAACGAAUUAUACCCCACCAAACUCUUACUCGCACACUUACGGGAAAGAAACCAUUCCUCAUACCGGAUCUGCUAAGGACAGUCAAAGGACCUGAUUUCAAUCCACCCGACAUCGAAGAAGACUUGGUUGUUUUUGGCAUUAUUGCCAGUAAGUCUGAACCAAAGGCACACCAACAACAAAAUUCAAAAAAUCAGAAACGUGGAAAAUUCAUGGUCAUGCACCUCACAGAUCUGAAAUGGGAGCUUGAUUUAUUCUUAUUCGACUCGGCCUUCGACAAGUUCUGGAAACUCACUCCUGGAACAAUAAUAGCCAUACUCAAUCCGCUGUUCAUGCCACCACCUCGUGGGAAAGAAGCAACUGGAAAGUUCAGCAUCACACUGAAUUCAGAUGCAGAUACGGUCCUGGAGAUUGGUUCCGCGAGAGAUCUUGGCUUCUGCAAAAGUAUUAAGAAGGACGGCAAGACGUGCGAUUCUUGGGUGGACAAACGGCAUACCGAAUUCUGCGACUUUCAUGUCAAUCUUACCCUGCAGAAGACCAAGUCCAAUCGCAUGGAAGUCAAUUCCAUGACUUUUGGCAAGGGUCAGUACGGCGACAAGUACAAUUCCAAAGACGUCACCAGUCGUCUCGAACAAUUGGAGAAGAAGAAAUUGGAAGAGAAGACUCGCUAUGAUCGAGGGAGUCACUCGCAGAUAUAUAUCGGGAAGAGCACAGCCAACAUGCUAGACGAUGUUGAUUUCGACCCCGAUGCCUUCCAUCGUGGAUCCACAAAAGAAGAACGAAUGACGAGACGGAUACUCGCUCAAGAGAAGGAGCGAGAUCUAGCUAAGAAGCUCGGUGGCAUGGGAAGCGGAUUGGGAGCUGACUACAUGAGGCGACAAGAUCCUUUGCACCCAGAUCCAAGCAGUAGUCUUGCUUCAUCGGAAACAAUAGCUUCCGACGCGGGAUCACUCGGACUACUGGGCGGCAAAGCAAAAGAUGUCAUGCUAAGUCCCAUCAAGCGGAAACGAACACAAACACCAUCUGCCACUGCAGCAAUUGGUUGGGGCAGCGAUCUCACGAAACAACUGGGUCGAAUGAAAGAGGGAGAAAGUCUACAGCCCGUCAAGAAAAAGACGAGGUUCGUCACAGAAAAAGGGAUACGAGAAGCUGGUAGGGAAAGCUUUGGCGGCGAAGCGGUGAAAGCUGCUGUUGAUGAACUGGACGACGAUGAUGAUGACCUUGAUAUCGUGAGGGAAUAAGGCAGGGCAGGGACAAAUCGACUUCUUGUAUUGAUAGAUUAUCUUUUUCUAUGGAAUGGGAUAGGGGAGUUAGAGGGACGAGGCACGGAAUGGAUACUGAUAUUGUUGUCCUACAUGCUUUCUGCGAU